AUGACGGCUGCGGAGGGGCAGCUUACAAAUCGCGUCUUCCGCAUCGAUGGCGAGCUCCGCGUCAAUGGGCGGAGUGUGGAGCCCUGGCGACUGCGGCCGCGGGUGGCCUACGUGAUGCAGAAGGAUGAGUUUUUCGCGACGGAGACCCCCCGCGAGGCCAUCCUCUUCUCGGCUCGUCUCAGACUUUCAGCCAAUCAUCUGGCAGAGCUGGAGGACAAAGGUAUCCACAGCUACAUCUCCCAGCUGCUCGAGUCACUGGGCCUCUCCGGCUGCUGUGAUCGGCGCAUCGGAGGAGCCAGCCUCAACGGCAUCAGCAAUGGAGAGCGGAAACGCGUGAGUAUCGGCGUCGAGCUCAUCACGCGGCCUUCGAUUGUUUUCUUGGACGAGCCGACCACCGGCUUGGACUCUUUCAGCGCCUGGCAGGUGAUGCGAAUCGUCAAGGAUCUUGCUCUCAGUGGCUGCACCGUGAUUUGCACCAUCCACCAGCCGUCCUCGGAGAUUUUCGCAAUGGUGGACCGGGUGAUCUGCCUCUGUCACCAGCGCGCCAUCUUCCAGGGCCCGGCGGUGGACCUGGCAAAGUGGCUGGAAGAGUCCGGCCGACAGGUGCCUCGGGACUACAACCCAGCAGACUAUGUCAUGUUCCUCAUGGAGACCCUGCCCCGAAGGGAUGUGGAGCUUCUCUGUGACAAGAGCAAAAUGAGUCGGGACAGCAGCUUCCGCCCUAGUGCCGAAGGCGCCACUGCCCCGCAGAGGCUAGAACCCUCGAAAAUGCGCAAGGGCUUCGGCCUGCAGGUGUGGUGCCUGACGCAGAGGGAGUGGCGAAACCUCAGGCGCGACAGCGCGUCGCUCAAGCUGCGGUUUGUGCUCACGGCUUUCUUGUCGAUCCUCUUUUCUCUGGUCUUCGCCAACGUCGGGGAGCAUCCGGUCUUACGAACCCUCCGCCGAAAAUCAGGUGGACUCCUACAGGUGGCCUUGGCCCAUCCGCGGCUGCAGCGAGUGAGGCGUGUCUGCAUGAGGGCCUUCUGCCCAGACGUGCCCUUGUUGCAGCAGCAGUUGCAGCGGGAGGUGGAGUAUCACUACAAGGCCGUGGUUCAGGUUGGCUUUACGGCCAUGUUCAGCGCUUCGCAGCCGACGAUCCUCAGUUUUCCGCUGGAGCGAUCGGUCUUCUUACGAGAGUACUCCUCGAACAUGUAUGGUACCUUAGCGUACUUCUUGUCGAAGAUGUUCGUCGAGGUGCCGUUGGGAGCUGUUCAGGCUUUGUUGGCGUUGGGUAUCUCACAUCGCUGCAUGAGGUUUCAAGGUGACUUCUUGGAGAUGUGGGCGACGGUCUGUCUCCUGAACGCUUGCGCCGUCUCCUUCUCGCUCCUCAUCGGCUGCAUCGUCCGCUUCCCGCGGGAAAGCGGGGCCAUCGGCCCCUUGGUCUUCGUUCCGCAGCUCCUGAUGUCAGGUACCUUCAUCCCCGUGCAAGCGAUUCCGCACUUCCUGCGAUGGAUGCAGUACAUCAGCUUCCUGCAGUAUGCGGUCAAGCUGCUCGCGAUCGUCGAGUUUCGGAGGACCGACCCGAUGUUGCGGAGGCUCAUCUUCCGGACGAUGGAGGUGGACCCAGAGUUGACCGAGGUUUACAUCGGAACGUUGAUUCUCAUGUGCGUUGUAUUUGCCCUGGUUGCCAUCAAGCUCCUCAGUGGCAAAGCUCACAGCGUCUACUGA